UGUGAUAGGGUCUUUUGAGAAAGAAUAAAAGGAAAAAAAAGAGUGGGGGUAGAGGGGCUAUGAGGGAGGGAAGUGUUAAUAAAACUCAGGAUGAAGAUCCAUGUGGUGGAAUGGGUCUGAUCCAUUGGCCUGGAGGUACCUGGAGAGCAAGUGCAUUUCUUUGUCUAGCUGUAAUCAAGGCUUACUCAACCAGAGUCCUUUGUCUUGAGCCAAGAGGGGAACCACAUCUGCCAUGAAAAUAAGCAGUAUAGUUCCUUAGAACUCUAUCCUUCCCACUAGGAUUCACCUGGCAUUGCAGACUCCAUUUGGCAGCUUCCUCAGAUGAAGCCAUUGGCUGUAGGAUCCUUCCUGAUGCUCAGCAAGCGGCCCAGCAGCAGCAUGUGUGAAAAAAUAAAGGACAGCAAAAAACAGAGGGACCAUCCCAGUGCUGUGCACUGCUGCACAGGAGUGGCGAGGUGCCUCUCCCUAGCUGGAAAUCACUGAAUGCUGGGCAGUGCCCAAGUUCUUGGAGGCAUCAGUGCUCCUUUGAUUCAAUACUUUUAAGAGGCUUUCUCUUGCUGCAGAAAUUUCUUUCUCGUGUCAUUGAAGUGACCUGUUUGAAUUAAACAUCAGAGUGCUUUUUAUAUAGCUGUGCCAACAACACAGUGCAACUGGCAUAUCAAAAAUGAUAUAAAGUGGUCUGGAUAUCAGCAGAGUCAGGGCAGUAUUUAGUUCAUUGUACAGUUUGUGCUGUUAUUUGUAUUUGCUUACAGCAAGCUGCUUCCUGCAGUCCUGGUAAUAGUUUUUACAUAGCAUAUAAAAUCUGAAAAAGGAGGAAGAGUCAGCAGUGCCCAUGGGUGGUUGCUGGAGUGACCUGCUCAUCCCUGCACAUCCUCUCUGUGUUUGCUGUGGGGCACCAGGAGCACCACGAGAGGGAGUGUGGAGGCAGCGAGUGCCUUGUCCUGGCAUGGUCCGGCUCAGAGCGGGCGCUGCUCCGGCCCAGGAGCCAAACACGGGCUGAAAACAGAGCAGAAAUGGAAAUAAAUUUAUGUUUCAGGGCUUCGGGACUCCAAAGAAUGUUCUGCACCUAAGGUUAAUUUUCUCAGGUGUCUGGAAUUGCAGUUAUGCUUGGAGUCUUUAGUGCAUAAUCAAGGUUAUUUGGGAUUUCCUACUCUGUUAUUGCAGGUAGGUAAAAAGAGCCACUUACCUUAGCUGCUGAAGCUGAAAUAAAAAUAUAAUCACAAGAAUAAGAUUUGCUUUAAUUCUGUGAUUCCUUGAGAUUAUGAAAUAAUUUUGCCUUGGGUGGGACUGGGGCAAAAUGCUGCUGCAUAAUGUCACCUUCUGAUAUCAAAAUGCUGUUCACAGAACUCUUAUCCUGCAGUUGGAAGGUAAUGGGUGAACCCUACCUAAACACAAAAUAAAAAAUGCAAUUAUUUCCCUUUUCCAAGCGAUUACCUAUGAUUAAUGAGUUUCAGGACACUGAUGUCAGACUAUUUAGCUGAUGGUAAGCAAAAUUUGAUGAAAAUAUAAAUGUAUCAUUAUUUAUUAUAUUAAAUAAAAAGAACAGUUUUGAGGCACAAGUUUUUAGAAGGGCAGUACAUGGCAAGUCAGAUCUAAGCAUUGAGAUAUGUUCAAGAUAUAAUGUGGAGAAAAUGUAAAACAAUGAUCACUGUUAAAGGUUUAAAGAAGGACCUGGACUGUCCCCUACAGGUGUGUCUAAAUCAACUCUGGUUUUUCCAGCCUGCUCCAGUGUUCUUUCUGCCUCACAAUUUAAGGGUCUUUUCUAGGACCUAACUCAGAUCUUCUCUGCAGUUUCUAGCAAACUCCUCAUUUUCUCUUUAGCUUGGGAACACAGCCGAUCCAUUCUGGAGUGGCUCUGCAUCAAUCAGGUGAUUGUUGUUCCUUUCUUCUCUUCUUAAGUUAACAAACUCAAUUUUUUCAGGCUUUCUUUUUUGAAAAUAGUUUUUAGGGGGUACAUUUUAUAAAAAUUUUAAAGCAAUUGUGUAUAAGCUGGGACCCCAGCUGAGAGUGAAGCCAUUCCUCCUCAAAGGGGCAGCAGGAAUGUGGUAGGUACCCUAUUCUGGAAAUAAAUGUCCCUGCUUACAGUGCUGGUGCCAUCCUUGGAUCCAUUAACCAGCUGGGGUAGCCUGUUGUGGGCCUGGAGCUGUUCAGAAGGAUUUUGGCUGUGCCAGAGUCUGCUCUCAGUAAUGCAGCCAAGAGUUGCUCCCUGGCCCUGCAGCUGGGGCAGUUAUGGCUGGGUGAGGAGGGAACGUGGAUGUUUGUGCUUGCAGCUCCAGCUGAGGAAGGGGAGGUGAAAUGUGAGUGUAUGAAAGGUCACAGCUGACCAAAGUCCACCUGGGUGAGUCCUGUCUGGCAUUUCAAGUGUUCAUUUCUGUCUGCUCAGCAGUGAGCUGGGUGUGGGUUCUUGCCUCUUGGACUGUGGUGUUUAAAAUCCCCUGGCAGAUUAUUCAGUGAUUUUAUCUAUUUCCUUUCCACUAAACCAAAUGUGAAGAUAAACAUGACAAAACCUAAGGGACAGCAAUGCACAGUGAUGCAGGGGUAGCAUGUUAUGUCCAGGGUUUGUUCUCUCACAGCCUGCUGCUCUCUGAGGAGGCAGGGGGGAGGUUUGGGGCUUUUCCUUGCCCAUCCCCAGCCCCAAACCAGGACAGCAGCUCUGAACUGGCUGGUCACUGCCCAGUGACAAUGGCUCACCCUUCCAGGAGGCUCUGCAGGGUGUAGCUGCAGUGCUCAGCUCUCUGCCCUGUCUCUGCCCUCCCUCCAACACUGACAGGGAACAAAGGAGAAACUCCCAAACGUGGAUGUGAGCAUUCUCCUUGGAAAAAGCGGCAGCUGGGUUUGGGAGGAAGGAAACUUCUUGUUUCUUGCUCUGCUCAGUCCAUCCCAGCAAGCUGCAGGGUAUUUUAGAGGCUGAAGAAGACCCUGAGACAAUGCAUCCAGCCUAAUAUGCAUUGUCAGAUGCACUUGGUGGAAGAAAGUCCUUCCUGGUGCAAUGCAGGAUGGUGGUAGUGAGGUCCAGAGUAUUUCAAACCAAGGGCUGAGCUGGCUGAGCAAGGAGCCCUGAAGCAGAACUCACUCCACCAUGCUGCUCCUCAGGCCCCACUGUGCUCUGGUGCUGCUGCUUGGGGUCCCCUCCCCACCUGCCACUAGGGCUGUGCUUGCCCUUCACAGGUUCUGUGCUUUCCUGAACAAUUUUCAUUUUUCCCUGCCCCUGCAGACAGGGAGGACAUACAUACCAGGCUGGACUUUGGCACUGGCUCAGGCCAGGAUCUUGCAUUGCUCCUGGUGUUCCCCUUGUGUGCUGCUCCGGCUGGCCCCCAAGUCACCUCCAGAAGGAGAUAGGUGGGGAUAAAAGAGGUUCCUCACCUGCUCAGACAGCAGCAAUCUCCAUGCCCCAAGCAAACCUUGCUUGUCCCACAUCUCUUCUUGCUGUCCUUCAGUAUCCUGUCCCAAAAAGCUCUUGUUAACGUAGCUUGAUCCUGUUUGCUGUUGCUGCUGGCUCCAUGCUGUAUCCAUGGAUAGUUUAGCUUUGAUAGGAUGGCCAGAGGUCCUGUCUGACCCAAAACAGCCUUAUUCCUUCAUAGCAAGGUCGUGAAAUAAGCCAUGUCCUUCUGCCCACAGCCCGACUGGCCAGUGCCCAGCUUCCAACAGCAUCUGUGAAGUCCAGGGUCAGUGCCCUGGCAUGCCAGGAAAGCCUGCAGCAGAGAGAUUUGGCUUCUUCUGGGCUUUGGGGGCUCCUCUAUUGCACCCCCAUAGAUCCCUCCUGCCAGCCCAGCGUCCCUCCAUGCUCCCAGUGCAGAGUUGUGCCUGUGACAGGAGAGGCACUCACAGGAGAGCUGCUCCUCUCCUUGUGCCUGUCAGUAUCUGACAGCACAAACACUUUUAGCUGCAGAGGGAAAGUGCUCUCAGCCCCCCCAGGAUGGUUUGUACGUGGUGCUGCCCUUGUCCUGUGACACAAAGAGCUCAGACCCCAGGGCCACGUGCAGAUCUGCAAAUGUGGUCCUUGACGUGGUGCUGGCACAGGGGGCACAGCCAUCCCCUCCUGGCUGUGGAGCACAAUGGGCUCAGCUGAUUUGUGGAGCAGCUUCAUAGGGAAAAUCAGGUUGGCUUUGAUUUUCAGGCUCCUUUUUGUCUUGGUUAGCAGAAGACUUAUACUUUUUUCUGUGGAUAAAAAACUUUAUGGUCUUUCUCUCUGCACCAGAGAGGACAAGGUAUGUUGCCCUGAUGGCCUCUGUCUUGACUUCCUCAGGAAUGUUUGGGAAGUGAAAGAGAGGCCAUAGCAAAUGGAGUGAAGUGACUUACAGUGAAAGUUUCAAUAAAAAUAGGCAAGAGAGCACCAAGCAAAAUCUCUGCAGCACUAAAUGUGGGGUUUUUUUGUUUGCUGUGGUUUUUUGUUGCUGUUUUUUUGUUUGUUUCUAUCACUCUGGGUCCCCCAGGAUCGUGUGUGGUUGUGACUUUCCAGCAGCAGCAAUAACGACCCCCUGUGCCAGUCCAGAGCCUGCCUUUGGCACUGCUCAGUGCAUUUAUUUCUGAAAGUGGGGGCUCCUGCCCAAAGGCUGCUUUCACCAGAAGCUCAGUGAGGUGGUGUCUGAUGGGUGAGAGGAACCAGAGGGGUCAGAGAACUCCUCAUGGCCCCCACGAUGGGCUGGGGAGUGGGGACAUGGGCUUCUCAGAUUUGAGCUGGGAACCAGGUUGUCUCAAAGGCUUGUGAGACUUCAUUAAGCUACUCAACCACGGUGUGAGUGGGAAUUAGGGGCAGGUUCUCCUCUGCCUCUCCAGGAAGGACUCGCAACUGGUUUUGAGUCCAGUGGGAAACAUUUUCCAGUCUCUGGUGAAGUACAUCAGCCCAUCCACACAUCACUUAGUGGACAGGACAUGAUCUGCCCAUCCCAUGGAGCCAGCACAGCUGCCAGCCAGCUGCUCUCCCUUAGCCAGAGCAGAGCAGGGGUGACACUCACUGCAGGGUGACUUUGGCAGAAGAGAUGCUCAGCUCUUCUCCCCUGACCCUGUGGUACCAACCGUGCCUUGCUUUGCCCUCGCAUUGCUCACCACCAGCUGGAAGAGCUGAGUAUUUAUCUCAGCCCCAUUACUGCCAAUCUUCCCCCUAUUGAUACACCCAUAAUUCACAGGCAGAAAACAUCUUUUAUUGCAGUGGUGACAUUUAAACCAAGGGAGGUGUUGGUUUGUUUGGUUUUUUGGGUUUUUUUUUAAAUUAGUUUUUAGGCAGUCAGCUCGUUUGCUCCAGCCUCUGCUCCACAUCAGUGAGUGCAGCCUUCUCCAUCCAGCUGAGAGGGAAUUAUGUGUGCAAGAGGAGUCAGGGCUCCCUUCCCAGCUGCUGGCUCACACUGCUAGCACUGCCGUGCCUGCUGCACACCCAGCCCGUGCCCGAGGAUGCUGCACCUGAAAGUCCAGUUCCUGGAUGAUUCCCAGAAGAUCUUUGUAGUUGAUCAAAAAUCCUGUGGGAAAGGGCUCUUCAACCUCACCUGCAGCCACCUCAACCUCGUGGAGAAGGAGUACUUUGGGCUGGAGUUUCACAGCCAGGCUGGGAACCAGGUCUGGUUGGAACCACUAAAACCCAUAACAAAGCAAGUCAAAAAUCCUAAGGAGGUUCUUUUCAAAUUUAUGGUGAAAUUUUUCCCAGUGGACCCCGGCCACCUGAGAGAAGAACUGACCAGGUACCUCUUCACCCUGCAGAUCAAGAAGGACCUGGCACAGGGGCGGCUGCCCUGCAGCGACAAGAGCGCGGCGCUGCUGGUCUCCCACCUGCUGCAGUCCGAGCUGGGCGACUUCCACGAGGAGACAGACCAGCAGCACCUGGCCACGCACAGGUACCUGCCCAACCAGGAGUACCUGGACAACAAGAUCCUGCGCUACCACCGCAGGCACAGGGGGAAGUCGCCGGCCGAGUCGGACGUUCAGCUGCUGGACGUGGCCAGGAAACUGGAGAUGUACGGGAUCCGCCCGCACCCCGCCAGCGACGGCGAGGGGACACAGAUCAACCUGGCCGUGACACACAUGGGCGUGCUGGUGCUGCGGGGCAAUACAAAGAUCAACACCUUCAACUGGUCCAAAAUUCGCAAACUGAGUUUCAAGAGGAAACAUUUUCUCAUCAAGCUCCAUGCAAACAUCUCUGCACUGUGCAAGGACACGCUGGAGUUCACUAUGGCCAGCCGGGACACCUGCAAGGCCUUCUGGAAGACGUGUGUGGAGUACCACGCCUUCUUCAGGCUCUCUGAAGAGCCCAAGUCAAAGCCCAAAGCCCUUCUGUGCAGCAAAGGAUCCAGCUUCCGCUACAGUGGGAGGACUCAGCGGCAGCUGCUGGAGCACGGGAGGAAGGCCAAGAUGAAGAGCCUGCCCUUCGAGAGGAAACACUACACAUCCCGCUACGAUGAGAGGCAGUGCCGCUCCUCCCCGGACCUCCUGACGGAUGUGUCAAAGCAGGUGGAGGAGCUGCGCCUGGCCUACGGCAGCCGGGGCUCCUACCACGCCAACGGGGUGCACGGCUCCGAGCCCACCCUGGACAGCCGGCGCCGCAGCUCCACCGUGGAGGUGACGUUUGCCGCCGAGCUGCAGCGCUCCAAGCCCGAAGCAUCCCCCACCUUCCUGCCCCACUCCAAAAGCUCGUCUGCCUUCCCCCUCCUCUACGCCGAGCUGGAGAUGGAGCGGGCCUGGGAGCCCAUUGACCUCUUCGGAGCCAGGAAUCCCUUGACAUCCUUUCGGCCCCACCAGUUUGCUGGGAACAGUAAAAGCACCUCUGUGGGCAACAUGCGGGAAGUGAGCGCCCGGCAGCUGGUGUACACGGAUGUGCCCUGUCCCCUGCCCGUGGUGGCCCCGGCCCCCCCUGUGCUCUGUCUGGACAGGGCACUGCAGUCCCCAUGCCCUGCACUGGCCCCGGGAGAGGACCCAGCAGGAGCAGCUGGUGCAAGUGGCCCUGUGGCAGCAAAACCCCCCGGGCAGAGCCCGAGCGGGCCCCAGGCUGGGCAGUUCCACGGUGAGGCUGCAGGCACAGCCAUGGGCAUGAGCAUGGUGGGGCAGAACAGGUCACUGGCUCGCUCCUUCGAUUACGGCCUUCAGGAGCAGCCUCCCAAGCGCUCUUGGAGCCAGUCGGACAUGAAAACCAUCCGCUUCCCCUACGGCUCUGAGUUCAGGCCGCUGGGGCCGUGCCCUGCCCUGAGCAGCCGCAAAGGGGGUCUUUUCUGGCACGUCCCAGCCCAGCGCGGGCUGGCUCCGGGGCCGCGGCGCUCCACCGAGCGCUACCUGGGCAGCAGCACCGAGUCCAGCGACUCCGACCCCGACCUGCUGGCCGCCGACUACUGCUCCCUGUACGGCCGCGUACUGCGCUCGCCCAUGGCCCGCGUGCGGCUCUCCUCGGGCAGCCUCCAGCUGGAUGAGGAGGAUGAGGAGGUGUCCUUUGCCACCAGCGCUGCUGAAGAGAGGAUUUCCAGAGGGGCCUCCAAGUAUUUCACCUAGGUGCCUGACACCGGCCAGAGGGAGCAGAGGUGGCCGGUGCUGACCCAGGUCAAAGAAUGGUGACACUCUUGGCUUUUAGGUCUGUUUACAGCUUAUGAAACAUUGAUGGGAUCGUGUUGUGUGGGUGCUCUUAGCUAUAGAGGAUGUGUUAAUGGACAUCAGGGUGUGUUCAGAAGUAUUCAGCCCCUGCACACUUGGGAGCUCCCCCCACUUUGAGGGGGGUUCUUGCUUCAGCCAGAGGCCAGGGAUCUCCUAAAGCCCUGCUAAGCCCCUAUAACCUGCCCAAGCUGAUGCUUGGAGCUCAGCUGCUGGAGUCUUCAUUGAUGGGGAGGGAGAAAACUAAAAAGAGACUUCUCACAGAAUAGUUUCAGCUGCUGUUUUUCCCAGCUGCAAGGUGGCACACUGGAGGGAAAAGGGUGUUUCAGGCCCUUUUGGAAAGGAGCAAGAUCUUCAUGGGAGGCUGUUCUUCGAGCUGAUGCCAUGUGGACAGGGCAAAACCCCAGCACAGAGCCCAUCUCCUCCAUCUGCCUCCCCUCCCUCCAGUGCUGCAGGGAGCAGCUGGCACUCGAAGACAAGGCUCUGUGCGCGGCUGUCUUCUUCCUGGCCAGUUCAGAGGAUUAUCCUUCUCCAGAAAUAUCUCAGUAGUGCUUGUCAAGCUUUUAGAAGCCCCCCAUGGUGAGCACUGGGAAGUGGGUUCACACUCUCUAACUGUGCUUUGCUUAGGCACAUCAGCCAUCACCUCCUGGCAGCACCGUGACCACCCCAGUACCUCAGUGCUCUGCUUAAAUCUGAGGGAGAGAGAUGUGUGAGGGGGUUUUUUGGGGUGCUUUGCUUCCCCAAAUCUGUCCUCAGUUUAGCAGCAUGGGAAAAAAGAUACCAGGAGCAGUAGGAAAGGAACAAGGCAGCUUCUUGGAAGUAUUUUUAUUGAAAAACUUACUAUGACACCUCCAUAAGAUUUUAGGGGGGGGGGGGAUCUUGGUAAUUUUCUUUAAGAACAACCCUGUAAGUUGUUGUAGGACAUGACCAUAAGCAGGGAGUCAGCCAAGAAAAUCCACAGUGGAGAAACUACUGCAGCAGGCUAGAAGGAUUUCAGAAACAUGAAAACUGGGACAAAAAUAAUAGAUUGAAUUGUAGAAAGACCUGGGCUUAUGGGUCCUGCUCACUCUGCAUGUUGCUGUCCUUUGUUUUAGAAGGUGGACAAUAAAAAACCUUUGUUCAC